AUGGAUGAUGCAGCCGUCCUUAAAAAAAGAGGCUACGUCAUGGGAGGGAAUUUAGGAGAAGGGUCUUAUGCAAAGGUGAAAUCUGCCUUUUCUGAACGCCUGAAAUUUGAUGUGGCAGUAAAAAUCAUUGACCGGAAGAAAGCACCUUCUGACUUUCUGGAGAGGUUUCUUCCGAGAGAAAUAGAAAUCUUAGCCAAAGUGAAUCACCGGUCCAUCAUCAAAACCUACGAGAUUUUUGAAACAUCUGAUGGCAAAGUGUACAUUGUGAUGGAGCUUGGGGUCCAAGGGGACCUUUUGGAGUUCAUCAAGACCAAAGGAGCGAUGCCGGAAGACAUCGCUCGCAAGAUGUUCCGCCAGUUAUGUUCUGCCAUCAAAUAUUGCCAUGAUGCUGAUAUUGUCCACCGGGACUUGAAAUGUGAAAACCUCCUUCUGGACAAAGAUUACCACAUCAAGCUCUCAGACUUCGGCUUCUCCAAACGCUUGUCCCGCGACGACGAAGGCAAAGUCAUCCACAGCAAAACCUUCUGUGGGUCAGCCGCUUAUGCAGCCCCUGAAGUCCUCCAAGGCAUCCCCUAUGAGCCCAAGAUUUACGACAUGUGGAGUCUAGGAGUCAUCCUGUACAUAAUGGUCUGUGGCUCCAUGCCUUACGACGACUCGAACAUUCGGAAAAUGCUACGGCUGCAGAAGGAACACAGAGUGCAUUUCCCCAAGUCAAAAAACCUGACCCUGGAAUGUAAAGAUCUGAUUUAUCGCAUGCUCCAACCCGAUGUUGCCCGGCGGCUGCGCAUCGAAGAGGUUUUGAGUCACAUCUGGAUGCAGCCUCCUAAGUCCAGGGCUAUUUCGGUAACGUCCAUUGUGAAAAACGGAGAGUCCUCCCGGACUGCAGCUGAGCAGAAGCCAGAGCCAAGGACAGAGGCAGAACUAAACCCAAAAGUUGAGUCCAAGUCAAUAGCAGCAGCCCGGCUGGAAGCAGUAGAAGAAGUAGAGGAGCAUGCGGAACCAGAAAAGCAUGAUGACAUUGAUAAGGUCAUCGCCCAGUUUGAAUCUGAGCUCUAA